AUGAAGCGGUCGCGGGGCUCGAUAGAGCGCUGUGCCACGCUCUCUGCGUGGGCGAUCCCCUCGCGUUCCCCCCUUCCUCCUGACACCCGGAGUGAAAAACGCUCGCCCACUCGGCUACAGAAACACACAGCCGUCAGCGUGGCCAGGGGUCCGGUCAGCGUGGCCUUGUCGGACCCAGGCUGUGGGAUCCCUCCCAGCUCUGCAGGUCCUCACGUUCUCCUCCUUUCCCUGUCUUCGCAGGAGCAGGCCCAGGGAACCAUGCUCAAAGUCCUCACGUCUUUUAAAAGCAGUGAAAUAGAGCAAGCAGUGAAUUCCUUAGACAGAAAUGGCGUUGACUUGUUAAUGAAGUACAUUUAUAAAGGAUUUGAAAAGCCGACAGAAAAUAGCAGUGCAAUAUUACUUCAGUGGCAUGAAAAGGCAUUAGCAGCAGGAGGUUUAGGUUCCAUAGUACGAGUUCUUACAGCAAGAAAGACUGUUUAAAAGGCUGUGAACUUGAACCAAGACGACGAUCGGUUUUGGACUCAGAAGAAGGAAUCGGCUGAAAUGACACUGGUCCAUCUUUACUGGAGACUGCAAUCCACUGAAAUACUAUGGACACCUCCUCUUGGAAUGCUUUUAACCUUAAAAGUGGGGGAAGAGUAAAGGUAUUCCCGCAUAUUCCGACUAUCAAACACAGAAGCCAAGACAUUCUCCUGAUCCCUUCUUUAAAAGGCAGGGAGAAGGCACGCUCCUGCCUCCUACUACUGUAAGUGAACAGGUAUUUUCAGAUGCUGCUUUAUCCAGGUGCGGCAAUAGAAGAGCCGCGUGCGCUGCUUACUGAAGAGGUGGCUGUGGCCUUGGCAGAUGCAAGAUCCUGACAGCUCACGGGCGGGAGAAGCGUUUUUGUACGGAGAAGUGGUUUUGUACGGAAGGUCAAAGGACGAAUUGGGCCACGGGGUUGGUUUCAUUGUAAAGUGCCUGCUGCAUCAAUAAAGUUCUUGGAUCACGUGAGUUAAGUAAUUUAUUUUUCGCUAAAUCGUAAGUCUGACACUUACUCAAAAGCAGGCCAGCACUACAUCAGCGCUAAGCUAGGCGUCCACCUUUGCAUGAAUGCUCUUAGCUCCAGCUAUCUACAGAGUUUGUCCUCAAAUCCAGCUAUGCUGGCUGGAGGGAGACCAAGCUCCGCUGUUCUCAUCGAGGCUUCUAAAACUCAGUGAAUAUAAUACAUAAUCACUCAUGGUUUGAUUUUUAUAUUCUUGUCCAUCCUAGAAAGUCAGGAAAAUACUUCAGAAUGUAUUUCUGUAUUAGCGCAUCCUCGCCUUCUGAAGGAUCUGGGUAUAGCAAAGCGAUCUGCUUCCUUUGAGUCAGCGUGCACGUGUGGUUUAGCCUUGAUUUGUCCAGCAGGACACAACUGUUCAAACCAUCGCUGUCUCCACCGUCAGCUACAGGAGGCUUGGCAAGAGCGCAGGGGUUGUACGGCGUCCCUGGGGCUCGGCUGGCCCCGAGUCCGGCGGGGUUAUCUGCCAGGAUGGAGCCCUCCUUUCGGCAGGGAUGCGCGUACUCCACGCGAAGCAGCUGCUCAGGGAUACCCUGCUCCAUUCAGCCUUUGUUUCUGUCAGCUGCUAAAAGGGCAGCAGCAGCAGCUGUCCCCGGUGAGAGAGGAUUUGCAGAGGCAGAAGCACUCGGCCUCAUUCCUGGCCUAACUCCCUGUGAGAAGUAGGGGCCUUUGCUAGGUGGCUGACACCCCCCUUCUUACCAGGGGCAGAAGGUGGGUUUUGUUUGAUGCUUUAACAUUCCCUCAAUUUUAAAUAGCUAUAGUAUCCCAGGGGAGAUAACGAAAACGAUAAGGAGAAAGAAAUCAAGAUUAGGGUUUUGAUCCAAAAUGUAUUGCACCACAAAUUUCAUAGUGUUUCAUAAUACAAUCCGUAUUUACAGCAUAGAAGGAAGGAAAUCCAAUGGCCAUAGAAAGGAUUAUGUAUACCACUGUUUUUAUACAAGGGAAAGUGCAUUAGCUUUUAAAUACAUGUAUACACACGAUUCUUGCUCCGAUAUCGAAAGAAAAUUCAACACUUAAGAAGGCGUUCUUAGGGUAAGCUGGUCCUGCGUGAGCUUUGGGAUCUUAAAUUGAAGUUGUGUUAGUGAAUCUUAAGAUUCUGGGUUGCCACCCUCUAUUCUAGGCUGCCUGCGCUGCUUUUCUCACUGUUCAGCAGUAACCUUUCAAGCCAGGAUCAGCAUAAACCGAUUAGUCGCUCAGCAGGCAUCAGCCUGAGUAGAGGGGAUCCUGUCCCCUGCUCUCGGGUCCCACAGAAACAGGCCAGGGGAAAGGGAUGUUCUACAGAAAGAGACCUUGGAGAAUAAAAUCUUCCCAGAACUGCCAGGGUUAUCCUGCCCCUGCUUCUUUCAGUCCAGGAGCAAUUGAUAUGCACCCACUUUUUGAUUGUCUAUUUUCGUAUUAGAGCAGAGCUGUACUCCUCCCAUAAACUUCCCUAUGCUGUCGCUAAGUGCCACGGAUCAGGUUACUAAAGGCUGUGUUUGGACAAGCUUUAGUCUACUAAAAAAAAACCCUGUUGGUUUUCUUAGCUUUAAAUAAAUACAACCUAGCUUUAAACUGAGGAGUGUCACUUGUGCCACAGCACUGGCUACCGCGAGUACCUGUGCCUGGGAUACGGCCCAUCAACAGAAGGGGGGAGGUCAGCCAGGGUUUACGGAUUUGCAGCACAUUUACCGCCCCGAUAACUGACCUCACGUGGAAGGAUACUGUUAUCUUCAGCACAGCACGAGUGUGCACGGAAGCAGGGAGCAGCUCACGUGCUGUAACUCUAACACUACAUCUCGACUGCCACCACCGAGGUCGCUCGGCCCCUGUCAGCAAAGCAAAGUUAAAAACCUGAACAGUGACUGUUCUCCACUAGAGGACAGGCUGAAUUUUCUUGAAUAUGUUUCAUAAAAGUAUUAUUAGUAACACGAACCUCAUCGUAAGAGAAUUACCAGAACUGCAGCCUGCUCAUCAGAUUCUAGACAUCUGUAGGUUUUUUAAGAUAUGUCCCCUUUGUAAGAAGCCAGACUUACUGCUGCUUCCCAUUUUCAUCUAGAUUUUGCAGUGGUGCUAAUAACUACGGGCAAAACCGUGCUUCCACUCGGUGAGGCAAGUGCCACCUUGGUCCCCUUUUCUUAAGGGGGAAGGAAAGCAAGCUGCUGGAACCAAGAUUUAUUCAUUAAGAGUUGAAUUUUGCCCUCAAAACCCAAAACCUCAUGAGCAGCAUUUCUUUUACCAUGUAGUUAGGACACAGUUAACAGCCAACUACAUGUUCGUAACAGUUUUUAAGCAUCAGUAUUUGAAGUACAGAAAACCACAACCAAAGAGGCGGAUACUGGUUAUGAAGAUUUGUUGCUAGCAGACUUGGAAGAAGAAAAAAAAAGAAAAAAAAAAUAUCGAAGUGUUUAGUACCAACAUUCUUCACCCUUUGUCACUAGACAAUUUUUUUUUUUUU